AUGGAGAAACCGCUCCCCGGCGAAGCCGCGAAGACCAGCCUCGAAACUGGCAAUGAACGCCCCUCUGCCGUUUUCCAAGAAAACCUCGAACCCAUUCCCACCGCUGAUCUCCCCACCCGCCUCGCCGAAGAGGUAUCCUACGGCCCCGGCGGCAUGCGAGGCAUCCUCUCCUCCCCCUACGUCUUCGGCGCCGCCUUCCUCGCCUCCCUAGGCGGCUUCUCCUUUGGCUACGACCAAGGCGUCAUCUCGAUCAUCAACGUGAUGCCACAAUUCCACGCUCAAUUCCCCGAAACGGCCGACGGCGGCUUCUACACGGGCUUCAUGACGGCGAUGCUGGAGUUCGGUGCAUUCAUCGGAUGCUUCUUCAUGCCAUGGCUAGCGGAUCGUGUGAGUAGGAAGUGGGCGCUGAGUAUCGUCGUUGUGAUAUUCAACAUCGGCGGCAUUAUUCAAACCUCCGCGCCAAACUACGCCGCUCUUGUUAUCGGGAGAACAAUCGGCGGGAUAGGCGUCGGCACGAUGGCAAUGGGCGCCCCCCUCUACAUCUCCGAAAUCGCCCCACCCCAACUCCGCGGCGCCCUCCUCGUCCUCGAAUCCAUCUCCAUCGUCGCCGGCGUCGUCAUCGCCUACUGGAUCACCUAUGCGACCAAAGACCUGGCCGGCGAAAUCGCCUUCCGCCUGCCCUUCGGCCUGCAAAUGGUCUCGGCCACUCUCCUCGGCAUCGCCAUCCACAUCUUCCCCUACUCCCCGCGCUGGCUCGCCAUGGCCGCCCGCCCCGCCGACACCCUGACCGCGCUCGCGCAACUCCGCCGCCUGCCCGCCUCUGACGCGCGCGUGCAGACCGAGUACGCCGGCAUCCUCGCCGAAGUCGCCUUCCAGCGCCUCAUGCUCGAGAAGCACCACCCGGGCACGCGCGGGCUGCGCCUCGAGCUCGCGACCUGGCUCGACCUGCUCGCGCGCAAGAACUGGCGCCGCACGGCCGUCGGCGUCGGCGUCGCCUUCUUCCAGCAGUUCUCGGGCAUCAACGGGUUUAUCUACUACGCGCCCAUCCUGUUCCGCUCGCUGGGGCAGUCGGACGUGCACAGAAGUAGAGUGUAG